AUGGAGAAUUUAUAUGCAACAUGGGAGCGGUUUAAAGAGUUGUUAAGAAGAUGUCCUCAUCAUGGGCUUCCAAAGUGGUUAGUGGUUCAAACAUUUUAUAAUGGUUUAAAUCAUAACACCAGGAUUACUAUUGAUGCAGCUGCAAGAGGAGCUUUAAUGGGAAAAGAGACAGAUGAAGCGUAUAACCUUCUAGAAGAGAUGGCCAACAAAAGUUAUCAAUGGUCAUCUAAAAGAUCUAUGCCAAGAAGAACAGCUGGAGUACAUGAGAUUGAUGCGAUGACAGCAUUAAAUGCAAAGGUAUGUGAGAUUUGCGCGGGUCCUCAUGUUACACAUGAGUGUCAAGCCGGGAUAUCUUUUAUACCUCAACCAUCUGAGCAAGUCAACUAUGUGGCUAAUCAAGGAGGAAGACAAUUCAAUCCCAAUGCAAACAUUUAUAAUCCAGGAUGGAGGAAUCACCCCAACUUUUCAUGGUCUAACAAUCAGAAUGUGUUGAAGCCUCCAAUAGGAUUCCAACAACAGGAAAAGAAGCCUUCAUUGGAAGAUUUAGUGGCUACCAUGGCUAAGACGACUUCAGAUUAUAUGGCUAGGAUAGACACUAUGUUUCAAAAUCAACAAGCUGCCAUCAGAAACCUAGAAAUGCAAAUUGGCCAAAUAGCUAAUAUGGUGAACAAUAGAGCUCAAGGAACACUGCCAAGCACAACAGAAAAUAAUCCAAAAGAGCAGUGCAAAGUAAUAAAGUUGAGGAGUGGAAAGCAAGUGAGGCAAGAUGAAGAAGAAAAAGUUGAACUAGAAGAAGCUGGACAAAAUUUUCCAGAAACAGUCGAUUGGGCCAUCAGCGAUCGCGAUCGAAAUGCGACUGAAUCAGAACAGUUAAAAUUUGAAGAUCAGCAUUUGACUGAAACUGCAAAGUGGAUACCGAAGUGGAAAACAGUACAAGAAAAAAAUGAAAAGCACACAAAAGAGGAAGAAAGCCAAUAUCUUGAAACCAAAUGA